AUGCGCGUCCCCUUGCACGCGCGUCCUCCGCCACUCCCAUCUGCGACUCUCUGCAAUCAUCGUCGCUGCCUUCAAUCACCCUAUUCGCCGCCUCUUCUCUCUCUUCCUCUCCCGCCCUGCUCGCCCCACAGCAGGCACCCCUACGACGCGCCUCGCGCCAUGCCGCCGUUCGCCCCCGACGAUCCCUAUGCGCGCCUGCCCGGCCCUCCCGGGCCCCCGCCAGGCGCUGAUCGCUACAGGCGGCCGUCAGCCUAUGACAUGCUGCCAGGUGGCGGCGGGCCCCCGCCUCCCCCCAUGUACCCGCCGCACUACCCGCCCACCGACGGGCCUCCCCGCAGGCCACCGCCAGCGGACGGGCCGCUCACCUACAAGCAGUUCAUUGCUGACCUGGACGAUGACGUGUCACCCGCUGACGCCGAGAAGAGGUACCUGGAAUACAAGACCAAGUUUGUCGCGGCGCAGAAGAAGGCGUUUUUCCACGACCACAGGAACGAGGAGUGGCUGCGAGCGCUCUACGACCCUGCUCGCCUUGAGAGCCUUGUGGACAGGCGCAUUGAGUUCGCGCAGCUGGAGAGCAAGCAGUUUCUUGAAAGCCUGCAGCGGGGCGACGCCGACCUGUCAGUGCCUCACUGCCUCACCACCUUUCCUUUCUCUUCCUUGCACCCGCGCCCUCCACUCUCGUGCACUCGGGCGGGGCAGCCGGCCCGCGUGGCGCACGACCUGGCGAGGGCGCUGGCGCUCGUGGCCAAGCUGGACCAGGAGAAGGGGCUCUGGGGCAAGCAGGGGGGCGCGCAGGGGGGCGCGGAAGGGGGGAAUUUUCUGCUGGGGGAGAACCAGGCGGGCGCGGAGGACGAGGCGGUGAAGAUCCGCGUGCCCGCGGGGGAGGGCGCGGGGGAGGCGCGGUGGCUGGCGGGCGUGGGACUGCUGGACGCGGUGCUGACGUACCUGUGGCGCGUGCACGGGGCGGACUACUACGGGGGCACGGAGCUGCGCGGGCUGCCCAAGGGGCUCCGACACGUGUGCGCUGAUGAGGGCGAGGAGGGCAAGGGGGACGGCGCAGGGGGAGGGGACGGUGGGGAGGGGUUUGAGGCGUGGGCGCGGCGGGUGGAUGAGGUGUGGCGGGUGCGCGUGGGGGCGGAGGGGGAGGACCCGGUGGUGGCGCUGGUGGGCAAGGCCCGCGUGGAGGCGCGCAUGGGCGCGGCCAUGGAGGGCAUGGUGAGGAAGAUCAAGGACGACAAGUACGGGUGGAAGUACGGGUGCAGUGCGCCCGGGUGCUCCAAGCUGUUCCACGGGCCUGAGUUCGUGGUGAAGCACCUCAAACUCAAGCACCCCGACCUGGUGGCGGAGCAGACAAACCGCAUCAAGGAGGACGUCUAUGAAGACAACUACAUGCGUGCAGUCGAAGAGGGGCAUGUGUCUGUCUUGUCUCGCUAUGUUGCCUCUUGCUGCCCAUUCACUCCUCUUUGUCUCCCCUCUCAUUCGCUUUCGCCCCUCCCCUCACCGUCCCCACCAUGCAGCGACCCCAACGCCCCUGUCCGGGGAAGGGAGGACAGGGAGAGGGACAGGGAGCGGGAGAGGGAGAGGGAGAGGGGGGGCCACGGCCACUCGCCGGUGCCCAUGUCGGCCCGCCUGGGUGCGCGCCUGCCCCCUCCCCCCGACCCCUAUGCCUUCCCCCCCGACCGCUUUGACCGCCCCCCGCCCUUUGACCGCCCUGCUGCCGGCCCCCCUCCCCCCAUGGGCGCUCCCCCUGAUGCUGGCGAGCCCUUCCCCGGGGAGCGCGGGGCGCGGUACGAGGGGGAAGUGUUUGACCGCCGGGGGGGCAGGGGGCGCGCGGGCGAGGGGGAGCGGUACGAGCAGAGGGGGCGGGAGGAGGGGCCGGAGGCAAUGGAGAGGUUCGAUGGGGGCGGGGGAGGGGAGUUCAUGGGACCGGGGGGAGGCGGGGGGAUGUUUGACGACAGGGGGCCGCACCUGGAGGGUCCCCCCCCGCCCAUGCUGAUGGGCGGCCCGGGCGGGCCUGUGGAGGGGCCGCCUGUGUUUGACGUGUUUGACGGCCCACCGCCCCCCCUGCCGCCCUUUGGGCCGCCCAUGCCGCCGCACAUGGCACGACGCCCACCCGCCGCCCCAGGGGGGCCGUUUGGGGCGCCGCUGCCGCCCGUGCUCAUCCCCGUGCCCGGUGCCGGCCCGCUGGGACCGUUCCUGCCAGCCCCACCAGAUCUGGCAGCGCGCAUACUGAGGGACCCCUCCUUCCGCCCGCCGCCCUCGCUCUUUGACGGCUUCGACGGCCCGCCCCCCCCGCCACCCUUCGACGGGCCGCCCCUGGACCUGCCCCCUGACGCCCCCCUUCCCCCCGCUUCCGGGCCCGCGGGCCCUGCUCCUGGUGGAGAGGAGGGGCGCUCCCCCCCUCCCCCCUCGGGAGGCGGGGGAGGGGCGCGAGGGGAGGCAGCACGGGGGAGAGCAGGGGCAGGGGGGAGGGACGGGGGAGGGGGGAGGGCAAGAGGGGGGCGGGAGGGGCCGUAUGGCAGUCCGGGGAGGUUUGGGGGGAUGGGCAUGGGGAUGAGAGGCAUGGGCAUGGGCAUGGGCAUGGGCAUGGGCAUGGGCAUGGGACCGAUGGGAAUGAUGCCCAUGAUGGGCGGGCCUCCUCAUGACCCCCGCGGCAUGCGCAGCUAUCGCGACUUGGAUGCACCGGAUGACGAGGUCACGGUCAUCGAUUACCGCACGCCCUCCUCCAAGUCCACGUCACUCUAUAUCGUGCGGCUGCGCUCCGCCCUUCCCCUCGCCGCGUAUCGGGGCGGAAUAGCGAGCUUCCCGGGAUGGAUGGACGACGACGACGACGAAUCUACCGGUCCGUCUGGUCUGCAGGCGACGGUGGAGACGGUUGCGCAAGAGGCGGCGACGCUGUCCGGCAGAAUUCCGCGGCGCGCGCGGCUGAGCAUGGAGAACCCGCAGCUCAAGGCGUACGCGCAGAUGCUCGAGGCGCAGCAGACGCGAAUCGCGUCUGAUGUGGGCGUGACAGUCACGCCGCUCACCAUCGACUCCCCCACCUUCCUCGCCAUGCGCGCCCCCGGGUCGCUGUGGCCCGCGAACGGCGGGCAGGCGAGGGCGGGCGAGGGCAUGGUGGUGGGCGUGGUGGACUCGGGCGUGUGGCCCGAACACCCCUCCUUCAGCAACGCCGGCUUCCCCUCCUCGCGCCCCGCUGGCUGGUCGGGCAAGUGCGACACGACGAGCGAGUUCAAGUGCAACAACAAGGUCAUUGGCGCGCGCGGGUUCUACAAGGGCUUUAAGGAGGACACCGGUGGGCCCGACCUGUCGAAAGACUGGCUGUCGCCUCGCGAUUCGUAUGGCCAUGGCACGUGGUGUGCAGGGUACGUGGUGUGCAGGGUACGUGGUGUGCAGGGUACGUGGUGUGCAGGCGCAGCAGUGGGCAACAAGGACGUGCCCAUGGCGGGAGGCAGGGCGAGCGGCAUGGCGCCGGCUGCGCGCCUGGCAGUGUACAAGGUUAUCUGGUACGCCGAGGGCUCCUUCUUUGGCGUGCAGGCGGACGUGGAGGCGGCCGUCAACCAGGCCGUGGCGGACGGCGUGGACACCCUCUCUCUCUCGCUGGGAGGGGUGGAUCCGAGAGAAACCUACUUCUCCCACAUGCCCUACCUCGCUGCUAACCUCGCGGGGGUGCUCGUGGCGUUUGCGGCAGGCAACGGUGGCGCUCCUGGCUAUGACCCAAGCGGUUACCGCACGAUUGAGAACUUCUCCCCGUUCUACCUCACAGUGGGGGCAAGCACCAUUGGCCGAGGUGGUAUAACCCUGAAGGCCGCUACACCAGCAGGCGCACCUCUCAGCAACUCAUCAACGGCCCCUGCAGCCACGGCCUACCCUGCCGUGGCUGAUUUCUCCUCCACCGGUCCCCUCAGGGGCCCUUCCACUGACGCCCCCGCCACUCUUCCCACCAACAGCAUCUUAAAGCCCGACAUUGUGGGCCCGGGCGUGGAUCUCUAUGCAGCAUGGCCAGCUGAGAAGGUGGGCAGGCCGGGCAGCUACGCCCAGCUCUCGGGGACGUCCAUGUCAACGCCUCACUUGGCGGGCAUUGCGGCUCUCAUCAUGCAGAAGCACCCCUCGUGGAGCCCCGCACAGGUCAUGUCCGCCAUUAUGACCACCGCCAAGACCACUGACACCAGCGGUGCUGCCAUCGAUAAUGGGUAUGGUGAGGCUGCUACGCCGUGGGAGAUGGGGUCUGGCCAUGUGUUCCCACCCAAGGUGCUGAAUCCUGGCCUUACAUACGACGCCCGGGCAGGUGCUUAUCGGAAUUUUCUAGCCGGGCAGAGUAUGAAGCAGGCACGGAAGCACUUCCCAGGAGCGGAUGCCCAGUCGUACUUGGCGAUCAAGGCGCAGGCGGCCCGAAAGGCUGCCAACGACGCGGAAGCGGUGACGAAUGCAGCGCUGGCGGAUUACAACAACAAGCUCAACGCGGAGGCUGCAAUUCAGAAGAUCAUUGACGACGCGAACGCUGAUUUGAAUAAUGCCCAGACGAAUCUCACGGCUAAGAAGAAGCAGCUGGACGACGCGAAGGUCAAGGCUGAGCCAGCACGUCAGGAGAUGAUAAGGCAACGAGCAGCGAGGAAGGCGGAGCAGGACUACCACGACGAGCUUGAGCAGCAGGCGAAGGAGUCGGACAUCGACGCGGCAGAGCUGCAAAAGGACCUCGUCCCCGCGCAGGAGCACCUGGACCUCGCCAACCAGCUCCUCGCCGACCAGAUCCUCAUCGCCCAGGAGGCCACCGCCGAUUCCACCUACUACGCGCGACGCGCCGCGAAGCUCAAGACUCCAGAGGCGCAGGCAGAGGCCGCCGAAGCGCAGUUAACCCGUGCUCGGGCGAAUCGCAUCCAGGGGGCGCUUGCGAGGCAGGUGGCGCUCGCGAAGGAUGUCUUGGAGUCGAUGCAGGCCGACUUGGCGUUCGCGUUGAAGGACAAGGUCGACACUAAGAAGGCAGUGGCAGAUCACGUGGGCGACCUGAACAAGGCGAAGAAGGACGCGGCAGACGCGGAAGCCACGUACAUCAAAUACAUGAACGACAUGAAGACGCUGCCCGCUGUUAUCAACCAGCUCACCGCCGACGUCAAGGUGAAGACGCUAAACGCAGCUAAGCACGUGCAGGUGGAGCACGUGCGGGUGGAGCACGUGCGGGUGGAGCACGUGCGGGUGGAGCACGUGCGGGUGGAGCACGUGCGGGUGGAGCACGUGCGGGUGGAGCACGUGCGGGUGGAGCACGUGCGGGUGGAGCACGUGCGGGUGGAGCACGUGCGGGUGGAGCACGUGCGGGUGGAGCACGUGCGGGUGGAGCACGUGCGGGUGGAGCACGUGCGGGUGGAGCACGUGCGGGUGGAGCACGUGCGGGUGGAGCACGUGCGGGUGGAGCACGUGCGGGUGGAGCACGUGCAGGUGGAGCACGUGCGGGUGGAGCACGUGCGGGUGGAGCACGUGCGGGUGGAGCACGUGCGGGUGGAGCACGUGCGGGUGGAGCACGUGCGGGUGGAGCACGUGCGGGUGGAGCACGUGCGGGUGGAGCACGUGCGGGUGGAGCACGUGCGGGUGGAGCACGUGCGGGUGGAGCACGUGCGGGUGGAGCACGUGCGGGUGGAGCACGUGCGGGUGGAGCACGUGCGGGUGGAGCACGUGCGGGUGGAGCACGUGCGGGUGGAGCACGUGCGGGUGGAGCACGUGCGGGUGGAGCACGUGCGGGUGGAGCACGUGCGGGUGGAGCACGUGCGGGUGGAGCACGUGCGGGUGGAGCACGUGCGGGUGGAGCACGUGCGGGUGGAGCACGUGCGGGUGGAGCACGUGCGGGUGGAGCACGUGCGGGUGGAGCACGUGCGGGUGGAGCACGUGCGGGUGGAGCACGUGCGGGUGGAGCACGUGCGGGAGGAGCACGUGCGGGUGGAGCACGUGCGGGUGGAGCACGUGCGGGUGGAGCACGUGCGGGUGGAGCACGUGCGGGUGGAGCACGUGCGGGUGGAGCACGUGCGGGUGGAGCACGUGCGGGUGGAGCACGUGCGGGUGGAGCACGUGCGGGUGGAGCACGUGGAGGGCGAAGGGAAGCACGCAGAGAGGGAGAGGAAGGCAGCACAGAGGCAUGCGGCUUACCGUCUCUGCAGGCAAUGCGGGGGCCCUCGAUGGCGCUGA